AUGGAGAUGCGAAUGCGAACGGGAAAGGGACGGAGCUGGAUGCGGAAGUGGAAGGGGCUAAGACCGCCGCCCCGCCCCGAGUCCCGGCGCCAUUUCCUGUUUUCGUGUCGCGGCGCGGACUCGGCUUCGCGCGGGGCCAUGGUGGCGGCGGCGGGAGCGGCCGGGACGUGCGGGAAGCUGGAGGCGCAGUUUGUGUUCAAGAACAAGAACAUGGCUUCUCCUAAAGUCUACGUCCUGCAGCCUUGGAUCACCAACCUCUUGUUGAAUUAUGAUCAGCUCGAUGCCAGUAAGAAUCUCCUGGCUGGGCAGGUCCUGCAGGUCUUGAGUGACUCAACUGUGCCAGGCCAACCUGAGGUCCUUCAAGAUGCUGUCCUACAGUUCUCAGAUGGGUCCUACUAUAUCCAUGUGGUCAUUACAUCCAAAGCUCUGUGGUCAGAGGAAAACACCCACAUGCAGCUCAGACUUUCCAGCCUUAUUUGCAGAAUUAUUGUCUUGCAGAAGUACACGGUGUGUUUCCAGGAGGAAGCCAGGCUGGAGGACUGUGAGUUCUACCUCAGGGCCCAGCAGUUCAUCGUGCUGCCCACGGAGAGGCAGAGGUUGGAGUCAUCUGAUGGGAACAAGGAGCCCUCUGUGAUGCAGAAGAUAAAGGAGGUCUGGCUGAGGAGUCUCACUCUGAAGAAUGCCCCCAGCUCAGAGCCAUCCAUCUCUCAGCUGAUCGAUGCCAUAGGACAAAGCCAGCUGGAGGUUUUGAAGGAAAAUUCUGAGGAAUGCUUGGAUUUAUGGAUGCCCAAAGUGAUGCCAGUGAUGGUGAAAGACGAGGUUCCUGUCACCCAGUGGGAGGCAGAGCGCAAGGAAGAGCAGGAUGAGGACACCUUCAUGGUGCUGGCCAACAUCCUGGUGGUCCCUCCAGAGGAGGAGGCAGUUGCUUGUGAUGCUUCAAAGGCAGAAACAAGCGAAGCAACUCCCGGGGAGAGUAGUGAUGGCAGGACAGGGCCGGGCAACUUGAGUGUCAUAUCCCAACCCAGCUCUGCCAAGUCAACGGCCUUGUCAGAGAGCUCGGAGGGAUCCAUGGACAACCCCUGGAACAGACUCCCCCCAAUAUCUUUGACCCUUAGCUGUUCAGAUGAGAAGAUCCUUCAACAAGACCCUCCAUCGAAGACCAAGCAAGAUGUGGCUGCUGACAGCAACACCCAGGACUCGCUGGAACUGUGUAGCCAGGACUCUUCUGAGGGCUUGCCACCAGGAGAGCCGGUGCAGACCUCCUCUCCUUCCCUGCUCUGCAACUAUGGCAAUACCAAUCUGGUGGAGACCAGCACCAUGCAGGCACCAUCAGCCAUGGAGGCAGCUUGUGGUGCUCCCAGCACUGCCCAAGGCCUGCAGGUUUCAGGGGGCUCUCAGGCCACCCCAACAUCUCUUCCUCUGGCUUCUCCCAUCUUGCCCAGCAGCCGGUUGCAAGCCCUGCCCGAAGGGAUGCCUCACCAGGAGCAGGCAGACUCCAGUGUCGCAGCUUUCCCUCCGGAUACGUUGGGGCAUGGUCAGGCUCAUGCCAGGACCCCAGGAGGAGAUGCUGUGGGUGCCAAGGGGAAGCUGCUGGCAGGAGAUGGCCAAGCACUGCUGGCCCACCAUGGGCAGCAGCAUCCCCAAGGUGCCCUGUGGGGCAAGGGGAGAGAGAUGGGCUGGAGGCUGGAGCCCAGCAGCAUAGAGCUCUACAGCUGGUAA